AUAACUUAUACUUGCCCUAGUAGCCAGUGUGCUAAUUAAGUUAGGGUUAUAUUGUAUAUAUCUUCUACAAAUAAUAAUAAUAAUAAUUUAUAACUAAUACGAUUACAUUGAUGCUUUCUUUCGAUUUUUUCUGAAAUAAGCUACAGAGAACGUUAAAUACAUUAACGUUCUCUGUAAGCUAUCUCGUUUCCGAACACUUUCAACGCGUUUGUUUUGAUUUUGUCAUUCUCGACCGGAUCAUUAUUUUGUUUACAUAUUUGGCGGUAAAAUUGCGUCGAUCAGCUGCAUUCUGCAUUCCAAUAGUAAAAGUGUAUUUAUUUAAAUUACAAUGGAGCCCAGUGUUAUUGAAUUUAUUGGCGAGAAGUCAACCAUAGGUAUUGUGCCCAACUUUUCAUUUGAUCCUUUGCAUUUGAUAUCGGGUAGCGUGGGACCAUUCCGUGCUGGUCUCCCGGUGCACGUGCCACUCUGGCUCGGCAUACAUCUACGCAAACAACAAAAAUGCCGUAUUGUGCCACCUGAAUGGAUGGAUAUGGAGCUGUUGGAGGAAAUCAAGGAAGCGGAAAAGAAAUCAAAGUUCUUCACAAAGAUGCCGAGUGAACAUUAUAUGGUGGAGGCACAGCUGAUUAUGAGUACAGCACCCGACGAUGUGCCACGAUGUGAAGAGCUGCGAACGAUUAUCAAAGAUAUAUUUGAUAUACGUGAAUCUAAAUUACGCACUUCCAUUGACGCAUUCAUCAAAGGCGAAGGCACAUAUGCCAAGUUGGAUAACUUAACACUGUUGGAAAUACAUACCGUACGUCCAAUUCUGCCGCAUUCAUUGGAUCAUAUUGCGCGUUACCAACGAACAGCAAUGGCAACUCAACGCGAUACGUCCUCACUAGGAUUGAGUAAUUCGAUGAACACAAUAAUACUGUCGCGAAGGGACUUUUAUUUGGGUUUAAUUUUGGCUUAGCUUCGUUAAUCAAUCACGGUACUUUUCGGUCUGGCAGCCUUGCUACAAAUGCAAAUCAGCUGUUUCGUUCAUCGGACUUUGAUGACGUUUUGCGUUGAUGCAAU